CUGAGGACCCUUUGGGUUUCCACUGUAACUGCCUAAUUUAAAAUACCAGUAACUCUCCUAGCGCAGGUCCAUCCAGGUGCAUGCUGGGAUUGCGUGCUCUGUUCGGCAUUGGUCUCCUUGUUACUUCAAGGGGAGCAGCUGUCCUCGCACGCAGAGCAGCACACACACAUGUGUGUGAACACACCUACACACCACAGUUCACCAGGCAGGCCUGCAGCAUGGCCCAGACGCUCCGGUACCUAGGUCAGGAGGAAGCUCAGAAGAUCGAUGAAGAGCUUUUCUCUGAGUACAGCUUUAGUGUGGAUCAGCUGAUGGAGCUCGCUGGACUCAGCUGUGCUACAGCUGUUACACAGGCGUAUCCUGUGCAGUCUCUGCUGAAGCUCCCUCCCCGGGUGUUAGUAAUUUGUGGUCCGGGGAAUAACGGAGGUGACGGUCUAGUCUGCGCUCGCCAUCUCAAACUGUUUGGAUACGAACCUGCUGUGCUUUACCCGAAACGACCAAGCAAACAACUUUUCCAGAAUUUAACCACACAAUGUGAGAAGAUGGAGAUUACCUUCUUGUCUGAGAUGCCAGAGGCCGAUGAGGUGGACGAGGUGUAUAACGUGGUGAUCGAUGCCAUCUUCGGUUUCAGUUUUAAAGGAGCGGUGCGUGAGCCGUUCGCCUCCAUUUUAUCCACUCUGAAGAAGAUCAGCGCUCCGAUCGCCAGCGUGGACAUCCCCUCAGGUUGGGACGUGGAGAGUGGAGCAUCAGACGGGAUCCAGCCCGACCUGCUAGUCUCUCUCACUGCUCCUAAGAAAGCUGCGUCCCACUUUCAGGGCCGGUAUCACUACCUGGGCGGGCGCUUUGUUCCUCCAGCUCUGGACAGGAAGUACGGUCUGAACCUGCCGCAGUAUCCCGGGACUGAGUGCGUGCUCCGUCUCAACUGAGCAACGUCUCACACACUGAGCUCUCAUAGCAUUGUUCUUUAUAACACACACAUGCACACACACCCUAUUCCCUCUACACAGGAGGAUGUCGGAAUAUAUGUUUGUGUGUGUGGAGACUUUUUGGGAGGCACUGUGGGUCCCUCAUCACUAACACUCUGUAAAGUGCUAAAGAAUUAAAAAUAGAAAUUUGCUAAUGCUUGAGUGUCAAUAAACUUAACGGUCACGCCUAAA